CAAUUCUGUGUUGUUAGCUUUCAAUUUUAACAUUUGAGUGAAUUGACUUAAAAUAGUGGUAUUUAAAUUUAUAUUCAAGUUGUGAGUAUGUAAAAUGUUAAAUUUUAAAAAUACUCAUAUUUCUUACAUCGCAAAAAUACUGAAAUAUUGUGAUAAAGACAACUUACAAAAUACAAACUCAUUUCUUAACUGUAAGUUUGAUAGGUAAUAGGUAUAUACUAAAUUAAUUUUAAUAUUAAAGUCGACAAUUAACAUAAUUGGUUCUACUGAAUGCAAAUUUGCAAUGGUUUCACAUGGGAGAAAGAGAAAAACAAAUAACGUUCUAGUAUCCCUCUUAAAUACUGGUUCACUGGAACCUAUACUGGCUACUUGAAAGCAAUAAUAUUAUUAUUUUUGAUAAUUAUUAUAUAAACAUCAAACAUUACACACACUUACCAAUUGCCAUAAACAAAAAUUGUACUGUUGUAAGGAGCUUAUGAUUCAAUUUGUUCAAAAAAUAUCCUAUUAAAAAAAAGUUAUACUUACAAAAAUGUAUGUUCAGUAGUUCCAAUCUCGUGUUGGCUUUGGAGGCCAUUAUGAAACUGUACAUUUUAAAAUGAUCAUAACUUACUUAAGAAUAAUAGUAUCAAUAAAAGCCUAGAUAAUCUAAACUUUGAAUUUCAUAAAAGAUCAAUUCACUCUAAUUUUUAAACCUACAGAACUACACAUGUUCUGCUGAGUUUAAAAUUGGCCAUGUUCCGCACUUGUAAGACGAAGAAAACACAUGCAGUUUAUACAAAUUAUCAGAAUGAGUACUUCGAUAAUUAUAGUACGAUUAUUGAUUUGUACGGUGAUAUUCGUACCACUAUGUUGUAGAGGAUUCAAAGAUCGUCGUAUUCCUAAUUUGUAUGAACAAGGUUUGGUAAUAAACUCGACAAACUGGUACCUACAACUCGAUAUCUCCGAUGUAAACGACGAAAUUCAAAAGGCUGUUGACAGAAUUGAAAACAGGUACCGUUCAGACGAAAUUUUACUAUCGAAUGUUAGUCGUUUGAUAAUUGGAAGCCCGGUUCAUGGACAACUGAUUGAUUCCAUGCCUUCCAAAGACGGACAUUCAGGAUCUCGAAAUGCUGAAAUUAUAUUGGAAGUUACACAAAGUUUGAAGAAUACAUAUUGCCUAAAGCACGGGUUAAGUGAUAUACAAUGUGCCAAAGAUUUAACCAAGGUGAAUCUGACUGGGACAACAUUGGGUGAGAUGUGUAUGCCCGAGCAUUACAACAACAAUUCGUGCAUCGGGUACGAGUAUGACUAUCGUAGUUUUGACGGAUCUUGUAACAACCUGAAACGUAAAUAUUUGGGAAAGGCAAACACACCUUAUAAACGUUUGCUGUUUCCAGUCUACACAGAUGGUGUUUACGAAAUGCCAAAUAUUUACGAAGAAAUGCUGCCUAAUCCUAGAUCAGUGAGCACAAAUUUUGUAAAAGACGAGAACUCACCUGACAAAACAAAAUCGAUGAUGAUGGCGUACUGGGCGAUGUUCAUAGGCCACGAUCUAUCACACACGGCAGUUUCUACCAUGGGGAAAGAGAACAGAUUUGUAAAUUGUUGUGAUAAGGACAAAAGUAUUCAAUAUUCUCUGAACAAAAACAUGAGGUCCUGCAAACCUAUACAUAUACCGAAUGAAGAUAGGUUUUUUAAAACGGAUCAGUUUGAUUGCAUGAACUACGUGCGUUCGCGGCCAGCGGUGCGUUCUGAUUGUACAUUUGGACCCAUGGAACAAAUGAACCAAGCUACCCAUUAUUUAGACGCGUCGAUGAUAUAUGGUACGACGGAACAACAGAUGUUGUCGUUGAGAGAUAAUGAGUGGCUCGGCCAACUGUUGGUAGCACGCAAAUAUAACUAUACGGUACACAAUAACAUAACUCUGGAAAACACAGAUACGAACGUUUGUCAGAACGGCUCCGGCACGUGUUUUAUGUUUGGUGACAUUCGAGCAAACGCGUUCCCACAACUUAGUGCCUUGUACAUAAUGUGGAUGCGUGAACACAACCGGAUCGUCCAAUUACUGUACAAUGAAAGACCUAACAUGACUGACGAUCAACUUUUCUGGGAGGCCAGGAAAAUCGUGACGGCGUGCAUUCAGCACAUCACUUACAACGAAUGGCUGCCGGCACUGCUUGGCGUUAACUACACGAAAGAAAACGGUUUGGGACUGGGAGACAGAACCACGUAUGACGAGACUGCCGACCCGACAGUUAGCAACAGUUUCGCGACCGCGAUACUGCCGUUUGCAUAUUCCAUGAUCACCGAAUUUAUUAGUUUUUACAGCAUAGAUCACCGCGAAGGUUUUGAAAGCGUAUAUCCUGUUUUUUUUAACUAUUCUGACUACCGCCAAGGAUUCUUAAAGGAAAAUUACAACCGACCACUUAUGGUGGGUGAGACUUCGGAAUAUAAUAUGCUUCUAAGAGGAUUAUUUGUGCAGCCUACACAAAAAGUUGAUAUGUUGUUUACACAAACGAUAACAAAUUACUUGUAUAGUAUUGAUCCAAAUAAUACCUUUGGAAUGGACAUUCUUAGCUUGAAUAUACAACGAAGCCGCGAUCACGGUAUUCCAAGCUACACGCAAUUUAGAAAAUAUUGUGGACUCAAAGACAUAGAAAAUAUGCAAGAUUUGUCUGAAAUAAUGGUGGAAGGUUCAGCUGAUAGAUUAUUGAAGCUAUACAAAACUUGGAACGAUAUAGAUCUAUUGGUUGGUGUAUUGUUGGAAAAACACGCUGACGACGCAAUGGUGGGCCCUACGAUGAGAUGUAUCAUCAGGGAACAGUUUGUGAGAACCAGAAUUGCAGAUAGAUAUUUUUAUGACUUACCAGGAGUAUUCUCUGAUUAUCAACUUGAGGAUAUCCAACAAGUGACACUUGCCAGAAUUUUAUGUAAUGACAUUAAAUAUAUUGGAAACAAUAUAAAUGAAAUGACAACACUAAAAGUCUUUUUGAGACCUGAGGUAUAUGAUGGUUCAACACUUCAUCGAUGUAAUUCACUAUUAAUUCCAGAAAUUGACUUAUGGAGUUGGUUUGAUACAUUUAAGUAACAGUCAAAAAAGUCUUUGUUUAUAAAAAAAUAAUUUUAAGUGGUAAAACAUAAUACUAUAUUA